AUGGGCACCACCUUCUUCGUCACGCACACGGGCACGUUGGAAGUGAGCGUCAAUGGCAAUGUCGUGAACACUCUCAUGGAAGGUCAGGCGUUCGGUGGCCUUGCGUUGCUGUACAACUGCCCCAGGACGGCGACGGUCAAGGCGCUGAUCGAUGCUGGAGUUUGGGGCGCCAAUGGGCACAACUUCAAGCAGGUCUUGGCACAGAAUGCGGCCAACCGCCAGGCAGACAACCUGAAGUUCCUGGACUCCAUCAAGGUCUUCGAUGGUCUGAACCAGAAGCAGAAGGACCAGAUUGCCUUGUCCGCGCUCAGCGAGUGGUUCGAUGCCGGGCAGCGCGUGGCCACGCAGGGCGAGACGCUGGCGGCCAUUUACUUCGUGAAGAAGGGUGGCUUGAAAGUGAUGACUGGUGGAGAGGUGAAAGCCGAUGGCAAGUUCUCCGGUGGCAACGAGGAGCACCACCUGUCCUCGGGUGAAUACAUUGGCGCCGCGCUGCUCUUAAGUGCCAAGACCAGGCCGAUGUGGGAAAACACCUUGCUGGCCGAUGCAAAGACGGAGCUCUUGUGCAUCAGCGUGAAGGACUUGAAGGAGAUCUUGGGGAACAAUUUGGCCAAGAUUCUGGAGACGGCCUUGGUCAACAAGGGUUUAAGGAUGUGCCCGGUGAUGUCGCAGUUCUCCUCGACGCAGCGGAAUGACAUUGCGAAAGCCAUUGCACCUCGGGUGCGAAACGAGAAUGGCAGGAUCGAAGCAGGCGUCCGUUACAUCGUCGUGUUGGAGGGCUCCGUCACCGGAAUGCACAAAGAAGAAGAGGUCACGCUGGAGAGGGCCCAGUGGCUCGAAGAUGGUGGGCUUUUGGAAUCCGAAUCCUCUGCUGAGGCGAAGUCUGAGAUCAGGAAUGGCGCGCGCGUGGGCUUCUUGACGAAGGAGGGCCUCUUGUCGGCUCUCAAGGAGCUGGGCCUGGCAGCCAUCGGCAAUGCUGAGGAGGCCUCGGAUCUCACCCGGAAGCUGAUCGUCGCGAAGAAGGUUCACAUCUUCCGACAUUUGUCGAGUGAACAGAUCACCAAGCUGGUCCAAUCCUUCGUGCUGCAGCGCUACCGGAAAGGUCUGACUGGUCCUGGACAGGUCAUCGCUAGUGGAGAUGUGAAGGUGGAGAUCAACGGGAAGUUCAUCCGAACCAUGACCAAGAACUCCUACUUCGGCGAGCGUGCCCUGCUCUUCGAUGAGCCUCGCACCGCCACGGUCGAGGUCUCUUCACCGGAGGCAGAGCUUUGGUCCAUCGAGCAAGAUACUGACUUCACCAUGAAGGACUGCCAGAUCGGUUUGAUGGGGCUGGAGAGUGGCACCCCAUUCCCUCAGGACCUCAAGACAGUCCGAGUCAUUGGGGCAGGAGCAGCAGGCGUAGUGCGGCUGGUGAUGAACAAGAAGACAGGCAAUCCACGGCACGUGUGUUUGUUCUUCUUUGGGCGUUCAGAAGCCAAUGCAAUUCUGUGCCAGAACCCUGUAGCCGCGUAUGCUCUGAAGCGGGUCCGGAAGAACCAGGGGAAGAUCCCUGUGGAGGUCAAGCGUGAAUGCGAACUGCUCAAGGCCCAGGAGCACCCCUUCAUCAUGAGACUGGUGCAAACCUUCGAGACGCACAAGAGCGUCUACAUCCUCACCGAGCUCAUCACCGGUGGCGAGCUCCAUGGGGCGAUCCGUGAAAUUCCCACAGUGCUCUCCAGGGCACAGGCACAAUUCUACACCGGAUGCUUGAUCAUCGUUCUGGAGGAGCUAAGUGAGAAGAACAUCGUCUACAGAGACCUUAAGCCCGAGAACGUGAUGCUCGACGCACAAGGUUAUUUGAAGCUGAUUGAUUUUGGAAUCGCCAAAAAACUGGAGGAAGGGAAAACCAGAACCUUCACCAUGAUCGGCACUCCCCACUAUAUGGCUCCGGAGAUCAUGCGUGGCCAUGGCUACGGAACGGAGGUGGACUUGUGGUCUUUGGGGAUCAUCCUCUUUGAGUUCGUUUGCGGCUAUUUGCCCUUCGCCGACGAGCUGGAUGACCCCACAGAGGUUUGCACGGCCGUGCUGAAGGAUCCCUUAGAGUUGCCCGACGGUCGCCCUCUUUGCCGUCGGACGUCGGAUGCGGUGCGACCGGAUGCCCAGUGUAAAGCGGUCAUCCAGGGGAUGCUCAACCGGCAGCCGAAGAAGCGCUUGGGAGCUGGCAUGAAUGGCUGGGAAGAUAUCAGGACCGCGGAGUGUUGGCCUGGGCCUGGCUUUCAAUGGAAUUCUGAAUUCUUCCUCAUCGGGCACAGCGGCAGUACCCUGUUCGACAAGAUCAUGGGCCGAGAGCUGGAAGCACCGGUGAUGCCCAAGGCCGGGGCAGAGCGGGUGAGCUGGGCUGAGCGGCCGCAAGAGCGCCGGCCACUGGCCGCUGUGGUCGUGCUGGAGUCAGGAGGAGACCGGCUGAGGCAUCUCCAGAUCCUACAGCCAGAGCGGCGAGUGAAGAUCCCACUGGGGAGAGCCGAUAUGGUGACACUGGAAAAGUAUGUAGAUCCAGUGAUUUGGCGCAUGUUUCACCAACACGAUGUGUUGCCAAGUGUGGGCAAGCUGUUUGCACCAUUGGCGCACUAUGCGCAAGUAAGCUAUCGUACUGACUGGCUACAGGCGCCUGAGGUGGAGGCCAAGCGUGUGGUGGCCCAGAGAACGGUCGAUUUGGACCUCCAACCUCAUUGGUUCAACCGCUGGUCGGUGACUUUGCCCCGCAAUAUGGUUGGAAGGCUGGCCAUUGCUGGAGCGGCUCAUGACGGCAGUUGGGGUGACCUUGAGAUUCUUCCGGCCAAGGCAUUCUCUUUGGGUGUGGCCGCGGCCGGGGUUAAUGACCAUGAGGUCCGACCUCCAUCCCUUCCUGGAGCUCUCGUGGACGGGAUGGCCUUGGACGUGCUGAGUGCUGGGCUGGGCGCCGCAGUGACGGACGCUGGGCUCCUUCAGCGGGUGGAUCGCGAGCGGGUCUUGUACAAGAGCUUCGGGCAAAGCUUGCGGCAGAUUUUCCACGAGGAGGGCCUUGUGGGCUUGUGGACACCGGGCUUGGUGGCCACCUGGAUGCGCGCCUUCACACAGACAGGCCUCAGAGUGGGGCUCUACCCCAGGGUGAAGGCCUUCUACGGUGACACCGGCGGCCUGGCGACGAAGCUCGCGUCUGGCGCGUCCACGGGCGCUUUGGGCGCAGGUCUGGCCAACCCCAUUGAUUUGGUCCGGGUGCGUUUCCAAGGCGAGUCUGGUGCCCUGACACAGUGCGGCACCUAUGCCAGCGGCCUGCGGUCGGGGCACAAGCCACGGCAUGCCAACACCUUGCGCGCUUUCCUUGACAUUUUCCGAGAGGAGGGUCUCGCAGGGCUUUGGCGCGGGGCGCCCGCAAACGUGGCCCGAGCGGGGCUUUUGUCAGCUGGGCAGCUGGCCAGCUAUGACCAAACGAAGCAGGUUGCUCUAAAGGCCGGAUGGACUGAUGGCCCCCGCCUGCACUUGUGCUCCUCGUGCUUCUCUGGCUUGGUCGCACAGGUGGCCUGCAUGCCGGCAGACGUGGUGAAGACACGGCUACAAAGUGGAGGACGUCAUUACAGGGGCGUUCUGCACUGCCUCAGCCUCAUGCUUCGCCACGAGCCGAUCCUGGCCUUCUACCGUGGCUUUGGCCCGGCGGCGGGGCGUCAAGUGCCAGUGAUGGCAGUACAGAUGCCCAUUGUGGAGUACAUCCGGAAGCACCUUUUCGGUUUGGAGUACUUGUAG